GCGGAUUUUACCCUUUUUCUCUUCCACAGCGCACGAGAAUGUCUCAAAUCUAUUCGCUAUGUUUUAUGGACAAUGUUGAGCUGGUUGAUAUAUGGCAGGGGUCAUCAAUGGGGAGACAGGUAAAUCCAAUUCAAGCGAUAUCUGGAGAUUCUAUCAUGAGCUGCUGCUGGACCGAACCACCCAACGCGUGCUUUGGACAGUCCAACAACAAGAUGUCAUUCUCAAAUGCCACCAGAGAUAGUUGUGGCGGCGGCGGUGGCGGAGAUCACCAGGACUGUGGAACUUCCUCACUGGGAGACCUGCCCUUAACUAGUACUAGUAGUAGGACCGUUGCUGUAUUGCGCUACAAAGAAAAGAAGAAAACUCGCAAGUUUGAAAAGCAAGUGAGGUAUGCUUCUCGUAAGGCCAGAGCAGAUGUGAGGAAGCGUGUGAAGGGGCGGUUCAUCAAGCCCGGGGAUGCAUAUGAUUAUGACCCCCUAAGCCAAACGAGGAGCUACUAGUCGAAGUGAGCCAAGUUAAAAUGCCAAGGAAUUGAAAUGGAUAACUGCGCGUCCGUGGGAUGUUGCAAUUGUUUGGAUGCCACUAUGCAAAAAUUCCUUGUCUCGAGAUCGCAUUUCAUCAUCAAGAUCACACAUUAUGGUGGGACGAUCGAAGAACCUCCGGCUCCAAGUAUGUGUAUAUAUUCUUCUUAUUUACCUCUAUGCAUGCAAUGUGCUGGAGGAGUUGUUCGGAGGAUAGCACAUUGUUCCUACUAUUCAUAGCUGCAGCAAAUGAGCCUUUUGCUUCACUGUUUUCUUUUCGUGUACUUUUAUUUUCAAAAAAUGAUACAUACACACCUCUAGAACACUCUCUCUCGCGCCCUCUCUCACACGUGUAUCAGUCCCACGAGAGUGAAGUCCACACACGUGUCAGAGAGGGACAAAGAGAAGGUGUUUAUGUAAAAUUGCUAUUUUUUUCCCAGAUCACUGUGUGAAUUCUAAGUCAUCUCAAUAAGUCACUUACAUAAUAGGGAGAGGGUUAAUGCUUUAUCUUGUCU